AUGGUGAGAGCUCCUCUUCUUUCUGAGAAUACGGCCUCUUUAAGGAAAGGGGCAUGGAGUCCUGAAGAAGACCAAAGAUUGAUAGCUUACAUCAGGAGAUAUGGCAUUUGGAACUGGAAUGUCACCCCAAAAGCUGCUGGUUUGUUAAGGUCCGGGAAGAGUUGUAGACUUCGUUGGAUGAAUUAUUUAAGGCCGGACAUAAAGCGUGGAAAUUUUAGCAAGGAAGAAGAUGAAACCAUACACAAACUGCAUGCAAUGCUGGGAAACAAAUGGUCAGCAAUUUCGGCAAAACUUUGUGGAAGAACUGAUAAUGAAAUUAAGAAUCGUUGGCACUCCCUUUUGAAGAAACAGUUGAAGGACAAAAUACCAGCACAUAGGACUGACUCAAAAGAAGUAGAAAUGAUUAAGGAGUCAUGUGAUGCCAAACUAAACAACUUAGCUGAGACCAACCUUCCACUUUCUGGUGUCAUAGAAGCUUCAAAGUCAGUAGGAUCCAUGAACAUCGAUAUCACAAUUUCACCACUCUCAUCCAUGGGUAGUUGCUCUUCAUCACAUGCAGCUGAUCCCGCUAUUCAAAUUGAUGAAUACAUGACCAUAGAGUCGAUUGGCUCAUCAGAAACAUUCGGAGAUCUUUCAAGCUUUUGGGCACAACCAUUUUCAAUGCAAGAUUUGUACAUGGAUGAUCUCCAAGCGACGUAUGUUGAUCCCGAACAAAUUGUUCCAAUUUCUCAAGUAUGGUACCAAGAACACACAAGUCCAUAUGUGUUCUAUGAUGAUUUAUGCAGUGAUUUUUGGUUCAACCUCCAAAUUCAAGAAGAUGCAGAUGCAACCAAUGGGCCUGGUCUUGGCUAG